AGGAUCCCUCUGAGGAAGGUGAAGACCCUGCGGCAGACCCUGGAGGAGCACGGCUUGCUGGAGCGCUACCUGAGGCAGCACCCCUACAACCCGGCCGCUAAGUACUUCCCCACCAGGUUCUCCGCCGCGCCCAUGCAGAACUACCUGGACAAUUCGUACUUCGGCACCAUCUCCAUCGGCACCCCACCCCAGGAGUUCACCGUUAUCUUUGACACCGGCUCCUCCAACCUGUGGGUGCCCUCGGUGUACUGCUCCAGCCUGUCCUGCAGCGACCACAAGCGCUUCAACCCAGCGGACUCCUCCACCUUCGUCGGCACCAACGACAGCCUCUACAUCGCCUGCUACGACCCCGUCACCGUCGCGGGCCUCAAGAUCAUCGACCAGAUCUUCGGGCUGGCUGAGACAGAGCCUGGCAAUUUCUUCUACUACUGCCCCUUCGAUGGCAUCCUGGGGCUGGCUUUCCCGAGCAUCGCCUCCUCCGGAGCCACCCCUGUCUUUGACAACAUGAUGUCGGAACACCUCGUGUCCAGGGACCUCUUCUCCGUCUUCCUGAGCAAGGACGAGCAGAGUGGCAGCUUUGUCCUCUUCGGCGCCAUCGACCCCUCCUACACCACCAACGGCAUCAACUGGAUCCCCCUCUCCGCCGAAACCUACUGGCAGAUCACCAUGGACAGCUCGCUGCUGGCCGUGCCCAACGGUGCCCUGGGGACCAUCCUGCGCACCCUCGGCGCCAGCUCCAACAGCGAG